UAUAAUUGGCUACAUUACAACACUAUUCACUAGUAAAAUGGUUGAAGAUGAUAUGGUUGUUGAAGGAAGUAACAUUCCCAAAGUUUCAAAAGCAGAAAAAAGACGAUACAUUGAUCAAAUUGUUGAUGAACACGUCCCACACAAGAAGGAAAAAUUCGAAAAACAUUUAUACAAACCACCUACUCGGGAGGAAUUCAAUCAACUUACUGAAACUGAAAAUCUAUUUCAGUCAAAUUUGUUUCGAUUGCAAGUUGAUGAAGUUCUCAAAGCAGUUAAAGUAAAGGAAAAAUUAAAAAAUUUGUUCCGCAAAUGGUUCGAGAAUUUUAAAGCCCAAGUGAAUAAAAUUGACGUGACCCAAGAGUUUAAGCUGGAAGAUGACUUGCUUUCAGAAGAGAGUGGUAUAAGAAUUCCAAUGAAACAAUUAGUUAACGAGUGUUGUGGAACUUUCAGGUUUUCACCUCCAUCUAACAUUGUAAUUGGUGGUUCACAUUCUCUAGAUACUACUGUAGGGCCUAAUGCACAGGUAGAUGUAUUGAUUGAGAUGCCUAAAAAAGUAUUUCAAAGAGCAGAUAAUAGUAACUAUAAGUAUAUGAGAAAAAAGGCCAUAUAUUUAGCUAUUGUUGCAAAUAACAUCCCAGAAGAAUUGGCAGAACAUAAAUGCUUUGUUGGACAUAAUUUAAAUCCUAUCUUGAAAAUUGUUCCAACUGGCAAAUUAAGUAGACACACGAUCGUUUAUGUACACUUUGUAGCAGAGUACACUACUUUUCAGCAUAAUAGAUUCACACCGGAAAAAAAUAACAUCAAACCUAAUUGGUAUUUCAAUAAUGAUGAAACAAUGAGUGAUCAAAAACCACCCACUCCAAUUUACAAUCACAGGGUCAUGUAUGAUUUGACAACAAUAAAAUCUAACACUGAUAAUGUUAGUAAAAUGGAAGAAUAUCCAAACAUCAGAGAUGGCAUUAUAUUACUCAAAAUAUGGUUAAAACAAAGAGGACUUUGUAAUAAUUUUGAUUCGUUUAAUGGCCACGUCAUUACCAUGUAUGUGUUGUAUUUGUUACACAAAAAGAUAAUAAACAAAUACAUGAGUAGUUAUCAGAUUCUUAGGCAUACAUGGACAAAUCUAGCAAAAAGCGAGUGGCAUAGGAAUGGAAUAAGUAUGUGUCUAGAUGAAAAAACUAAUGACAAAAUAGCUUUGUAUAAAAAGCAUUACGAUUGUGUAUUCCUUGACUCUACUGGAUUUUGUAAUAUAACAGCAAAUGUUACCGAAAGUAUUGCUGAGUAUGUUUCGGAUCAAGCAUCAAUGGCCAUAGCAUGCUUAGACAAAUCUAAAAUGAGUGAUUUUCAGGUACUUUUCAUGAGGAAAGUGCCAUUUUACGUAUCGUUUGAUCAUGUUCUUUGGUUAUACAACGGUAAAGCUUUAAAAAACGUCGUGGAUGCUAAAUCCAGCAAUGCUGAUAAAUUGAAUUACGACUCUGAUAAGUAUGUGCAGACAGUUAAAUUUAUGACAAACUUUUUGAAAAAAGGACUGCAAAAACGAAUAUCCUUGGUCACAGCGUUUCCACGUAACAUGAAAGAAUGGAACUUAAAUGAAAGAGUUCCUGAUGAUCUUGAAAAAAUGUACAUUGGAAUACAACUAAAUCCAGAUUGUGCUUUUGAUAUUAUUGAGAAAGGGCCAGAAGCGAAUCUUCCAGAAGCAGAAAAAUUUAGAAAGUAUUGGGGAUCCAAGUCAGAUCUCCGUCGAUUUAAGGACAGCACGAUUUGUGAGACCGUAGUUUGGCUCAAGGAGGAUGCAACACUAGCUCAGAGACGUACAAUACCGUGUCGAAUAAUUAAAUAUAUACUUGAGCAAAAACUCAAGCUCUUUAAAAAAUCGCACUUUCUAGUUAUUGCCAAUCAAGUCGACGAGCUUUUAAAACCAAAAAAGCUAAUAGUACCAAAAGUUCCCUAUGGCACUGAGGAAGUAGCUCUUCGAGCCAUUAAGGCUUUUGAUUCGUUGAAAAACGAUCUGAGCCAGUUGGGAGACGAAUUGCCCCUGUCGAUCCACGACGUCCAGGGCUGCAGUCCAGUAUUCCGUUAUACCGAAGUGUUUCCACCCCAGACGUUCACACGGCGUCCCGAUGAGAAGACCAUUAUCAGUGACGAAUCGCACCUGCUGUUUGCCAACACAGUUGAUUCGCCUAUGCAGGAGGUGCCAUUGUACCUGAGCCCGAUCGAGGCUACGAUGCAGUUUUCGAUGAGCGGCAAAUGGCCGGAUGAUCUGGAAGCUCUACGAAUGACAAAAGCUGCUUUUUACAUUCAAAUCGCAGAUUGCGUGAGGAAACGGUACAAGCUACACGCUCACGGAUCCAUGAAUCACCUUGACAUUAUGAAGAAUGGAUUAAUUUUCCGGCUGAGAAUAGCGAAUCAAAAAGAAAUUAGUCUUGUCAAACAAGUCAUAGAUGACACCGGGCUGCUGAUGUACCGAGACAACGAGGAAUCCAUUGAGUUAGAAAAAAAUCUCUUCCAAUUGCCUAAAAUUACUGGUGCGCUGCACGGAUUGCAUUGCCGAAACCCAACUUUCGGACCUGCCUGUUGCUUGGUCAAACGCUGGUUGUCGGCCCAACUUAUCGACGACUCUCACAUGCCGGGUCUUGUGGUUGAAUUGCUCCUCGCCUCGAUGUACCUGAAUACAGACCCGUACAGACCGCCUCAAGUACCACAAGUGGCAUUCAUACGAUUCCUCGAAAUCUUUGCCCGCGCGUAUUGGAUCACUGACCCAAUAAUCGUUAAUUUUAACAACGAAAUGACCCGAGAGGAAGUACUAGAGAUUGAAAAUUUAUUUGGAGAAAAUCGCGACUCGUUACCGCUUCUCUUUAUUUCGUCGCAAUAUGAUAAAGCAAGCAAUUGGACAAGAAAAGCACCAUGUACUUUGAUCCUUAAUCGUAUUACCGAUCUGGCAAAAGCAUCAUUAAAUAUAAUUGAAAAGCAAAUUUUCAAAGGAACUGGUUUGAGUUUAAAACCAAUUUUCAUACCACCUAUGUCCGAAUACGACUGUAGCAUCAAAUUAAAAACUUCUUUAUGUGCUCGGAGAUUUGAGGCUAUAAAAAUCGAUGAUGGUAUGCCAAACGUUUUUUUGAACUGGAGCAAUGAACACCCAAAGGCUAAGAUACCUAUUGUCGAUUUUGAUCCAGUAACUCUAUAUUUGAAAGAACUGAGGAGUGCAUACAGCGAUUUUGCAUUAUUUUUUCACGACACCUAUGGCGGAACUGUUAUAGGAGUUUUGCUAAAACCAUGUGCACUGCAGGAAAAAGAUUUCAAGGUCGCGAACACAAGUUGCCGAAAAAUUAGCGGUGAUAAUAAAUUAAUUUUAAACAUGUCAGCAAUGAUAGAAGAUUUUUACAUUCUUGGAAAAGGACUCGUCCAAAAUAUUGAUAUACAAUCAAAAAAUCUUAAAGCGGUAUAACGCUUAAAUUUGUAAAAAUAUUGUUAAAUUUUGUAUCAUUAAAUAAGAAUCUUUCAUAUUGUUAUUUGAGCUUUUUCUUG